AUGUCACACACAAUCAAGAAUGUGGCUAUUGCUGGGGCCAGUGGAAAUGUUGGAGCUCAGGUACUCAAUGUACUACUCCAUCUUGAGUUCAAUGUCACGGUGCUGAGUCGCAAUUCCAAACCUUUCCCGGCCGCUGCUCAUGUAAAGGUGGUUGACUUCACUUCGAUGGAGUCAUUAUCCGCUGCUAUCGCCGGGGAAGACGCAGUUAUUGAUACUACUUUCUCGCCCGAAGUUGAAACACCACUUCGACUAAUUGACGCGGCGGCCAAGAGUGGAGUUUAUCGCUUUAUCACCAGCGAUUUUGGACUCGAUCCUGAUCUACCAGGUGUUCAUGAUUUACCUGUAUUUGGCAGAAAGAAAGCUUCCUAUGAGGCUGUCAAGAGACACGCGGCUGAUAACCACUUGACGUACACCCUAGUGGCAUGUGGUGUUUUUCUUGACUGGAGUCUCUCCACUGGCUUUUCCGGGUUGGACUUGCAAGAAAAGAAAGCUUUCAUCUUUGGUGAUGGAAAUAACGUUGUUCCAUGGACGACAUUGGAAGAUGUCGGCAGAGCAACUGCGAACGUACUUUUGCAUCCGCAAGAAACUUUGAACCGCCCAGUCUAUGUUCACUCCUUGUUCAUGUCGCAGAAUCAAAUUCUCGGUGCUGCAAAAAAUAUUUUAGGGGGCACGGGGUGGGGGACCACGUAUAACGACAUGACACCCCUUUUGGAAAAUGCGUUAACCGAUCUCAAGAUCGGCAAUAUCAGUGCAUCAACUUUUGAAGUACAAAUACAGUACUGCCUAGCUACUAAAAAGCUUGCACAUCCCUGGGCAAUGGAUGAUAAUACCCUCUUGGGAUUGGAAGAGUGGAACUCGGAGAAGGUGGAAAGGCUGAUCCAGACGAUCGCCCACAAGUCAACGUGA